CAGGAGUUCAAUAGAUUGCAAGUAUAAAAUAAAAUAAAAGGAUACGAUCUACUGCAUAGCAUAAUAUAGGUCAAAUUUGUGAUUCUGGUAGGGGACAUUUAGUGUCAGGGGUCAGUUGAAGUAUCUGAUUGUGGACAUUUCUUGAUAGUCCGUCAAACGGGCUUCUUCCCGCAGAGGCACAUGGCGCGAAAUCUAAUUCUAAUUUCCGUUACUCUCCUCCUCCUCAACUCAUUCGGAUCCACGAAGGAAACUACAUACAAGGAUUUGGAGGAACGAAAAAUCCAAAAUGCAACAAUAACACACGUUACCAAUGCGCUCGGCGUAUCCAGGAUCUACGAUUACGUGACAAAAACUAUCGCCUAUAAAGAUUAUCUGUUAAAGAAAUGCUUUGUGGAGCGUAUGAACGGACAACCCUUUUGGAUCGCUUCGAGGAAUUUAAUUGAAAUAAAUGAGCAUUUAACCGCAGACACUGUUGAGAAAAUUGGAGGACCAAGGGUUUCCGAUUUCUGCUUUGGUUGGGUUACUCAUCUCAUUCAAGAUCCUAACUAUGGAAUGCAGGAGAACGAAAUCGAUACCGGAAGAAUCAAAAGAGAUGCAAAUUACUACCGUGGUAGAGUUCGUGGACAAACUCAGAGUCAAUAUUUGAAUUUCGGAAAUGGUGAAUCAGAUGGAAAGGCCGAGGCGGAAUCAACAGCCGAAGGAUCAAAGGCCUUCGUCACUGGAAAGCAAGGUAUGGGACAAGCUCAAAGCCAAAGUAGUCCAUUCAGUUGCGCUGAUUGUUACGGACAGGAUAAUUUUGUAACUGGUGGAAGACAGCAGCAAAGUAUAGCUCCUGGUCCACUUUUACCUGGAAAACAAUUGGGCCAAGUCACAGGCCAAUAUCCGGGUCAAUUGACUCAAGGCGUCUAUACAAGUGAUACUCCACGCCACGGUGGAAACCUUGUUUAUAAACCGACUGGACCCGGAAGUAGCGGUAGUCAAUAUACUACCGGGUCUGGAGGAAUUUCCGGGCAAUAUCCAGGCGGACAAUAUCCAAGUGGUCCUAAACCAGGUAGUCAGCCUGAUACUGGAAAAUAUGGAGGUGGCACACAGACAUACAUACCUUCGCAAAUACCAAUGAAUCAACAGCAACCUGGGACUGGAUCCGCACAACAAAUUCCAAUAGCACAAUAUCCAGGCGGGUCACAACCAUCUGGACAAUACGGUGGAGGAUCGCAACAGCAAGGUUUAGCACAAUAUCCUGGUGGAAUGCAACAACAGGGACCCGGACAAUAUCCUGGCAGAACCCAACAGGGUUCAACACAAUAUCCUGGUGGAGCGCAACAACAGGGUUCAACAAAAUAUCCUGGUAGACAACAGGGUUCACCGCAAUACCCUGGUGGAACACAACAACAGGGUACAGGACAAUAUCCAGGUGGACAACAGGGUUCACCGCAAUAUCCUAGUGGAACACAACAACAGGGUACAGGACAAUAUCCAGGUGGACAACAAGGUGCAGGACAAUAUCCUGGCGGGCAAGGUUUAAUACAAUAUCCUGGUGGACAGGGUCCAACUCAAUAUUCAGGUGGACAGCAAGGUUCCACAGAAUAUCCUGGUGCACUUCAACAAGGCAUACACGGUGGAACACAACAGGGAUCUGGACAAUAUCCUGGUAGAACUCAACAACAAGGUUCUGAACAACGACCUGGUGUAUCUGGACAGUAUCCUGGAGGCAUAUCCAAUGUUGCACAAUAUCCUCAUCAAAUUCCCGGUAGACCUUCGGCACAUUAUCCUGACAAAACUGGUCAAUAUUCAGGAAUCCAACAACCUACUGGCCAAUAUUCCGGAGGUGUUCAACAAACAGGAAUUCCUUCUGUUCCCAGAGAUGGUCAAUAUACAGCUCCCAUUCAACAAUCAGUUCAUGGAAUUCCUGGCGGAAAACAGCCUAUUGCUGGUGGUCAACAGACAUACACUUCUCAAUAUCCGCAAGGUCAAUCUAUUUAUCAUACUGAUGGGCGAACACAAGAAUCAUAUCCACAGCAAGGACACCUAGGAAAGCAUUCUGGAGUGUUUGAUGGCCAAUUAUCAGGAAAUUACCAAUCCAAUCGAGGUAAUGCAGGUCAAUUCUCAGGUACCUUUUCCGGAAAGUAUAAUAGCCAUGGCGAUGGACAAUCAGGUUCGCAAUUCGGUGCUGGAGCUCCAGCACAAAUUUCAACGCAAACAUAUCCUACAAGUCCAAUUUAUACACAACUGCCCACGACCGGAACUUUUGUACCUGGUAGAGCAACUGGACAACCCAUUGUUCCUGGUGGAACUUCAACUCAAACCUACGUACCAGGAACACAAGAUUUCAAUGUUCCUGGUCAAAUUAGACAACCUGCAGGUCCAGCGGGAGGAACACAACAAUAUUUACCAUCAAAUGGGCAAACGUUCAUUCCGGGUUCCGCUCAAACUAUACAGCACGGGGGACCAGGAAGACAAUUAUACAUCCCAGGAACAACAGCAGGUUCACUUCCUCCAGGAGUAUCACAAUUAUAUGGACCUGGACCUCAAGGUGGACCUUAUCAGCCAGACCAAGCUCUAUCUGGUUAUGUGCCUGGCAGUCAAGCACCUUCUAGUUAUGAUCCAGCAUCUACUGGAGGUCAUUAUAUAAAUGAAGGAAUUGUACCAUCAACAGGCCAGCCUGUAGGUCAAACAGUGCCAAGUAGAGGACAAGUUGGACCAUCAGGCUCAUACUUACCAGGAGGGGGGCAAAUAAGCCAAUAUGCAGGCCAAGACGGACAAGUUGCACCAUCAGGCCCAUACUUACAGGGAGGUGGACAAACCCAUUAUGCAGACCAAGGUGCACCAUCAGGUACAUACUUACCUGGAGGUGGACAAACAACCCAAUAUACAAGCCAAGGUGGACAAGGUGCACCAUCAUACUUUCCGGGAGGUGGACAGACAAACCAAUACGCAGGACAAGUAAUACCUACAAGUGGAAUACAAGGUGGAUCAUCAGGUUCGUAUAUACCUGCAAAACAAUAUACAGAUCAAACACAACCAACAUACUCUUCCGGUCAACAAAUACCUGCUGGAGGUAUUUAUCCAGCAGGUCAACACUAUCCUGGUCAAACUGGGGGGGCUGUCGGUGAGCAAUGGGAUUACGGAAGAAGCCGUGGAGAUUCUGGGCAAGGUGUAGGAUACUCUGGCCAAAAUGUACCCGCAAAUUUAAUCACAGACGAACAACAACAACCCGAUGAUGCGAAUUCACAAGCAGAAACUUCUAUUCAACAAGUCAGUAACGGAACGCAGGCAAGUGCUAACGCGCAAGGGCAUUUCGAAGGAGGUUCAGCUCAAUCCCAGGUUUCUGGAACUUAUGCUGGUACUGGAUCUUUCAGCGCUUCGGCCGGAUCUAAUGAUGGCAAGCGUGGAGCACAAACUCAGGUAUCAGGAGGUAAAGAGGGGGCAGUAAGUUCCGCACAAGGAAACGGCGGCAAAGGACAAUCGCAGGCUCAGGUGCAGUUAUCAUCGGAAACAGGAGAAACUAUGUCUAGUGCACAAAGCGGUGGUAUCAACCAUGGUUCCAAUUCACAAGUACAAGCCGGGGACAAAGGCGGUAUGGCCGAUGCUCAAGCAAAUGGUCCUGGCAGUACAUCAUCGCAAGCGCAAAUAGGUUUUCUUCCUUAUGACGAAAAUAAACCUGACGAUCAAAGUACGCCAUUUAAUGGUGGCGGUAGUGCGAGCUCGCAAAGUGGAACAUAUUCGGGCCAAAGUCAAGUACAAAUUCAAGGAACACAUAAAUUUGGCAUCAGGUACAACGGUGGAGCACAGGCUUCUUCAGCAAAUGUUGGCAAAACCUACGGUAAUACAAUGCCGACUCUAAAGCCAAUGUACUCAUUUAAUACUCCAGCUGUAAAUAAAAAUGACGCAAUGACACAACAGGGAUUUGGACAAUAUCCUGGUAGUACUCAACAACAAGGUUCUGUACAACGACCUGGUGUAUCUGGACAGAAUCCAGUAGACGAGAAAACAAGUGCAAGUAAAGUACAGAGAGUAAUGACUGCCCUUCCAUCAACUACCACAACCACCACUACUACCACAUCAACAAUAGCUUCAAAUGAAGAUUAUGAUUACGAUUUAAACAGCGAAGAGUCUAGUACAACAUCGAAUACUCAAGAAUCGACAGAUACUCAGAGACACGAUUCUUUGGAUCCCGUGGAGGAUCUGCAAAGUCCUACAAACGGUCGUUUAUCUUUGAGAGACGGAACCAUUUUAGGAAGUGGCGUGGACGUCGGCGGUUUCAAAAUUCCACCUGGUUUCAGAGGCAGAGUAUCCAAUUCGCACACAGUAAUAUCGCCUUCUAAAAUAAUAUACCAGAAGCCCGUAUAUGCUGUUGGAGCAAGAACAAACUUGAAAGACGGUCGCGUUGGUUAUGGUUCCGGUUACUCCAUCCAACCGACUACUUAUCCAAUUUAUCACGGUAAUCCACAACCGGGUUUUGUGUCCUUAACCAAAUCCGAAACUGGUUCGAAAAAUGUAAUCACCGGAAAGAAAACUCCAUCGGUAUAUUACACGCAAUCAUCCAGCUGCGGAUACUUCACAAACUCUUGUUUCUACGAAAAUGGUAAAAAAAUCUGCAUGCCCAAACCCAAACUAAAUCCCGAUGGAUCACCAAUGAUAUGCUAGAUAAUAAAGCCUAGAAACCAUCUAUUAUCAUUAUUAUUAGUUGUUAGUCAUUUUUAAUAAAAAAAAUAAUGCUAUUAACAAAUCAGCAAUCAAUACAGCAAAAAAAAAUCAGAAAAUAAAUUUUAUUUGUAGAGAAUGAAACGCAUUGUUUAAUACUAAAUAGUUUAUUAUUGGCACAGGAAACUUAAGAACCCUGAGUUUAUACUACAAAACUAGACUUUUCCCAUAAGUGAUUCAACUGGUAUAUAUAUAAUCCUGUGUAUUAUUAUAUAUUCAUAUAAUAUAAUUUUAUAUACUUUAUGUAUUAUAAUUAAAUGAUUAGUGAUUAGUGUUAAGGCACUAGAAGUGCAUUAUUAUUUCUUUUUUUGUUCCUUGAACUAUUGUUUCAUAUGGAACUUAUGUGCUUAUUACGUAAUUUUCCAUGCAUAUAUAAUUAAAAUCGUUAGUGCGUCUUAAGUUAACCUUCACAUGCAGUUUCCAAAAGAAUUCAUAGGACAGCUUGUUCAGUCUACUUUUACAAUCAGUCGUUAAAUUAAAAAUGCCGACAAUUAUGCGACAUCUUUAUAAAUAAAAAUAGAUAGAAAACAGAGA